AUGGCUGGAAUGAGGUGUUUGUCUGGGGUGACUUUUGCUCAAAGGAGGUUUUCUAGUCGUAAUUCAAUUAAUCAUGUUGGCAUUCAGAUGAUUUCGGAAUCAUUAAGAAGCCAACUUUUUGAUGGCAACAAAAACUCAAAUCAUAUUAAUGUUAAAUAUUUAGAAGAUAUAAAAUCUCAUUUGAAAAAAUUCAAAAUCCCCUUUGACUCAUCCGAGAACUUAGAAGCUAUAGAUUUGAACAUUCCGAAACUGAAAGGCUCUUGCAUCGACGAUCACUUUAGAAAUAUUGCACAAAAUAUAAUUGACCCGUAUUUAAAGACUCUGGAAAAUUUUUUGAGUUCACAUUUGCCAUUUAGGCCAAAAGUGUGGAUGUUAAAACAAGGGUGGACAAAAUAUGAUUCAUUGAAUGGAAAGUUUUAUCCAGUAGCAUGUCCCAACGAAGAUGCAUUAGUGUUUGAUUUGGAGUCUUUAGUUUCUUAUGGAAAUUUUCCUGUUAUUGCAACAGCUGUUUCCCCAGGAGCCUGGUAUUCUUGGUGUAGUCGGUACUUAUUUGAAAAACCUCAGAAAUUGAAUUCAAUUGCCUAUAAUGAUUUGAUUCCCGUUAACGAUGAAAACUGCGUAAAGAAAUCACUUGUCAUAGGGCAUAAUGCGAGUUCAACUUAUUUUUUAGACACAAUGUCGUUGCAUAUAGCUGUUGCAGGUUUGACAAGCUUGCAAAAAAUGCUCUUCAUGGCUAAAAAAUCCGGCAGUAGAAGAAAAGAAGUUGUCAACCACGAGCAGCAAGCCAUUCAAAAGUUUAAUUUUUCAAGCAGUUGCAAUCCAACUGAACUCUCACUCUGGAUUGGGCAUGAUGUCACUGAUGAAUGGUGUUACAUUGAACUCUCUGAAUCUCUGAAGCUUCAUUUGAAUGAUUUUAGGUUGGAUUUUAGGCUUGUAAAUGAUUUGGAAGAAUUGAGAAGACAAGAUGGCAAGUUGAGAUUGUGGAGAUAA